UUUUUUAAACUUGUUUCCUGUUAUAACUUCCUAAAAAGAAAGAGGGUGAAUCAUCAAAACAGAUUUUCAUCCUCCUCUCCUUAAUUUGUCAUCAGGUUAAUUUGCUAAGAAUGGAGACAUUUUUGUUCACAUCAGAGUCUGUUAACGAAGGACACCCAGACAAGCUCUGUGACCAGAUAUCCGAUGCGGUUCUAGAUGCCUGUCUAGAACAGGACCCUGAAAGCAAAGUUGCUUGUGAAACUUGCACCAAAACCAACAUGGUUAUGGUUUUUGGUGAAAUCACCACCAAAGCUAAUAUCGAUUACGAAACCAUUGUUCGUGACACUUGUCGUAAGAUCGGGUUUGUUUCUGAUGAUGUGGGACUAGAUGCUGAUAACUGCAAGGUUUUGGUCAAUAUCGAGCAACAAAGCCCUGAUAUUGCCCAAGGUGUGCAUGGUCAUUUGACUAAAAAGCCCGAAGAAAUUGGGGCUGGUGACCAAGGUCAUAUGUUUGGUUAUGCUACUGAUGAGACUCCUGAACUUAUGCCACUUAGUCAUGUCCUUGCUACUAAACUUGGAGCCCGUUUGACCCAAGUUCGUAAAGAUGGGACUUGUACGUGGCUUAGGCCCGAUGGCAAGACCCAAGUGACGGUCGAGUACCAUAACGAUAAAGGAGCCAUGGUUCCACUACGGGUCCAUACUAUUCUCAUUUCGACUCAGCAUGAUGAGACUGUUACAAAUGAUGAGAUUGCAGCUGAUCUUAAAGAACAUGUGAUUAAGCCUGUGGUUCCUGGUAAUUACCUUGAUGAGAAGACUAUUUUCCAUUUGAACCCAUCGGGCCGUUUUGUGAUAGGUGGGCCUCAUGGUGAUGCAGGGCUUACUGGCCGUAAGAUCAUUGUGGAUACAUAUGGGGGAUGGGGUGCUCAUGGUGGUGGGGCUUUUUCUGGAAAGGAUCCAACUAAGGUGGACCGUAGUGGGGCUUACAUUGUAAGGCAAGCGGCUAAGAGUAUUGUGGCUUGUGGGCUGGCUAGGAGGGCUAUUGUUCAAGUAUCUUAUGCUAUUGGUGUCCCUGACCCGUUGUCGGUUUUUGUGGACACUUAUGGAACAGGGAAGAUACACGAUAAGGAGAUUUUGGCGAUUGUUAAGGAAAACUUUGAUUUUAGGCCUGGAAUGAUAUCGAUUGACUUGGAUUUGAAAAGGGGUGGUAAUGGUAGGUUCUUGAAGACUGCUGCUUAUGGGCAUUUUGGUAGGGAGGACCCUGAUUUCACAUGGGAAGUGGUUAAGGACCUCAAAUGGGUUAAUCCUCAUCAAGAUUAAUUAGAUCAUAAUAAAACAUAUGCUCAUCUUGUUUUCAUUUGCUUUCUAGAUAUAUAACAAUAUAUGCAUACAUGUUUUACUGUGUUC